AAAAAUACUCCUCUACAUAUUUUACUAUUUUCUAUUCCAGGAGAUGAGUAUGAUGUAUGUGCCAUUUGUUUGGAUGAAUAUGAAGAUGGAGACAAGCUCAGAAUCCUUCCCUGUUCCCAUGCUUAUCACUGCAAGUGUGUAGACCCAUGGCUAACUAAAACCAAAAAAAUCUGUCCAGUCUGCAAGCAAAAAGUUGUUCCUUCUCAAGGUGAUUCAGACUCUGACACAGAUAGUAGUCAAGAAGAAAAUGAAGUGUCAGAACAUACCCCUUUACUGAGACCUUUAGCUUCUGUCAGCACCCCAUCAUUUGGAACUUUGUCGGAAUCCCAAUCACAACAGAACAUGACAGAAUCUUCAGACUAUGAGGAAGAUGACAAUGAAGAUACUGACAGUAGUGAUGCAGCAAAUGAGAUUAAUGAACAUAGUGUCGUGGUCCAAUUGCAGCCUAAUGGUGAACGGGAUUACAACUUAGCAAAUACUGUUUGACCUUCAGAGGGUGACUGGUCAUUUCUCUUUAAAAUGUUUAUUUAGGUACAUAAUUUGAUUUUUUUUUUUGCUCCCUUCUGAGAUUUCUGUAGAAAUAACUUAUUUUUUAGUAUUCUACAGUUUAAUCAGAUUACUGAAACAGGCCUUCUGAUCCAGUAUUUAUCUGCAGGAGUGUACUUUAUUUAACUAAUAAGUAACAAUAAACUGGUGCUGUAACUCAAGCAUCAAAUCAGCUCUUCCUCUGGAAUGAAACAUAGCCAAAACAUUAAAAAAAAAAAAAAAAUACUCAGUAUAGCUUGCUAUUAAGACCUAGAUCACAGUAUGAAAAUGUGUUGUGUUUUACACACGAGGUUAGUGCUGAAGCCACUUGGCAUGAGCUAAGCCACCCACCUUCAUAAAGAAACCUAGAGAGUUGUUGAGCUGGAAUAUGUUCUGGUAUUUCCCCAAAUUGCCACCACUAGUGAAAAGCAACAAGGUAAUUUAGCAUUUUUCCUAUUAGCAUAACAAAGCUCAAAACUGUCUCUUUCUUUCCUAUUCUCAAGUAGUCUUAUCUUGACAGGAAUGUUCUGUACUAGUGCAGACUUC